CAUAAAAUUAUACACACUUUCACAGUAAUGGCAUAACUAUUGCUACUAAUUUGUCUUGUGUGAUUAAAAACGAAAAGUAUAUAAAAACGUGGUAUCAAUUAUGGAGCUUCAAAUCAAAUCAUUAGACAAUCUACUAAAAAAUGCGUUGCAACCAGGUGAACAACUGAAAAGUUACAGCACCAAAAAUCUCACAUCAGCUGGUGAUAAUUACGGCAGUAUAAUGCUUUCAAUAACACUAAAUAUACACAAUACAUCAACCAAAGAAAACUACGAAAAGCAUUUGGUCGGUAAGAUGCCGUUGGUUAAUGAAUUUUUCCGAAAUAUUUUCAAAGUUGAUCUGACUUUUAAAAAAGAGGCUCUUAUAUACAGGGACGUACUUCCAUUUUUCAAUAAAUUCUACAAAAACCGUACAUCAACCGAGUUGGAUAUGUUUCCAAAAUAUCUGGGUGGACAGUUGAACUACGACAAAUCAACUGAUAGGAUUCAUAACGACAGUAUAAUUUUCUUGGAAGAUUUAAAAAUUAAAGGAUACAAGACGUUAGAUAGAUUUAAAGGUUUUGAUGAAAACACAGCAAAAAUCGUUAUUCAAGCCUUGGCCACCCUGCACGCCACCACCAUAGCAAUUAAAUUAGAUGACAUUUGGUUAUUUCACAAACUGUUCCUCUCGAACCUCGAAUACGUAUCGGCAUUUGACGGAGGAAUAGAAAUAAAUAAUAUGAUAAAUAUUUCCUUGAAACACGCUACAGCUAACCCUAAAUGUAAAGCAGUAGAAUCGAAGAUAAAAGAAGUGUUAACAAAAGGGCUUCAAAAUUUAAAUUCGGCCAUAAAGUGUAAAGAACCUUUUGGCACAUUUUCACACAAUGAUCUGUGGUUAAAUAAUGUUAUGGUAAAAAACGAUGGUACAAACAUAAAAUGCAAAUUACUGGACUUUCAGCUGUCUUCGUACGAUUCUGUAGGCAAAGAUCUUAUCUUCUUCCUGUUUACCAGCUUAGAAUCGACGGUCCUUAAGAACAGUUUCGAUGAUCUGAUCCGAUAUUACUUUGAUGAGUUUACUCAAACACUAAACAUAUUGAAUGUGGAUACGAGAAAGUUUACUUGGAACGCGUUUUUAGACGAAGUUAAGGAUUCCGCAAUAUCUACAGAACUGACACAUCUGUUUGCAAUGUUAUUGCCAAUAUUUUCCACACCUGAUAAAAGUGAAUCAAUUGACGUCCUCGAAGAAGGAACAUUGCCGAAUGAAGAUGAUGUUUCUGAUGAACACAAGCAAAGGGCUGUUGAUAUUGCGUUGAUCUAUAUCGAAAAGGGAUGGAUUUGAGUUAUGAAUAGUGAAAUUAUUUUGUAAAACACGUAUAUAACCUAUUUAAAAUAUAUAAUUUUAUCAUUUG